UUUCUUUUUACAAUUAAUUUAUAAACCCAGUGAAUGUAGCAAUUAUAAGGACUACUUUUUCUCCAUAAAACUCGCAAAGCAUCAGCUAUAUUUCCACUGAAUAUAAGCGAACCGAAAAUUUACCCUCACCUAAUAAUCGCAAUCAAAUCACACAGUGAGUAUACGUUCUUUCUCAUCAAGAGCACAUUCAAACUAGGCGCCAGUCGCUAUCGACGGAUCAGCUGAUUGGCUUACAUCUCGAGGCUGCACCCUGCGCGCGCAGCCCCCGCACAAGCUCAUUGGCUGGAGAGCAGUUCCAGGAACGCAAGCUCCGAUUCAAGAUUGGGGCGUAGGAUAUGCGAGAGAGGACGAUAUCUUUCGCGCACACGCACACACAUAUAUAUCAUACAUCUUUCUUCCCUUCGCACUUCCUGCAGUCCUGCUUAUUAGUAUUAUAUAGAUCAAAGCCUAUAUGCACAUAUAGGCUCGUAUGUCCCGUUUACGUGGGCUGAUGCGCGGAGAUGAGUGUGCGUGCGUUUUGACAAAUGGAUUUUCGUAAUAGCAUCGAUCCAGUUAUAGGACGGGAAUUAUUUCAAUUUUGAUACGUGGCGACGCGCUGUAGUAUUUAGAGAAACAUGACUGGGGUAUAUCCAAACUUGCCUCGCGUUGCUGUCAGGGACAGCUUCGACGAUGAUGACUUGAGCGAUGUUGACGAUGAAGUAUUCAUUAGAGAUGGAAAGAAUGGCAUUUUGAAGAUAGACGAUGAGUGCGGAGUCAAGAGGCCUCUCAUGGCUCCACGAAGAAAAUGCAAGACACACUUCUCUGAGACAUCGCACUUGCCGUAUAAAACCCUUUUUGCACCAUUUUGCUACACUCUCAUAGGAUUCGUCAUUGUUUUGGGCAUAAUCGGGUUGUGCAUUAUUAUCAUAACUCGAUUCCCUGUGCCUAUGAACAUUUUCAAAACUUGGGUGUCUUCUAAUAAGCAAGCGGUGUCCGAGAAGAAGCACGUUGUUCCUUGUACAUCUUUGAAUGCUAAUCUCCAGUGGACUAGGACUUUGCCUAAACUAACAUCUGAGGCUCCGUUGAGAAGUAAUGAUGUGAAUGGAGAUAACAUAGAAGAUAUAAUAGUAGGCUUUAGUACAGGUCUGGACAAAGCAGAAUCUCCUGAAUAUGUGUGCGCACUAUACUUUGAUCAAAGUGCACCAUGUUUAGGAGGUGUCAUGGCUUUAGAUGGCAAGUCUGGAGAAACUCUCUGGACUCACUGGACUGCUCACGCAAUCUUUUCUGUGGAUUGUGGUCUUGAUUUAACUGGUGAUAAAGUAAAGGAUUGCAUUAUUGCUGGUCGUGGUGGAAUCCUUCACGCAAUUAAUGGCCAAGAUGGAAAUAUCUUAUGGGAAUUACCAUACAGAGACUUGUCUAUGUUGACACAACAACGAUUUUAUGAUAUCUAUGAUGCAAGAUACAUAGCUGAUGUUGAUGAUGAUGGCGUUGGUGACAUAGUAGCUUCGCAUACCUGGCAAGCUGGUGGGUCACAGUCAGAAGUCUUACUGGUGUCUGGCAAAAACGGAAACAAAAUCAAUAGUAUGGAUUUUCCUGGAAAAGAACAACUAUUCGUUGCACCACAAAUCAUAGUUCAUCCAGACGGGGAAACUUACUUUGUAUUGACUUCUAGUGAUCAAGAAAAGAAUGGGGGUUUAUUCAUCAUUCCACACUCUAAACUAUUGAAAGGAGAGUUUAAAUUGCAGGAGCUCUAUCACGGUGCAGGUAAAGGAGUUUCAUUGCCCCCUCUUAUUAUAGAUGUAAAUUCAGAUGGAACAGAAGACAUUAUUGUUGCCAUGACUAACGCAACUAUAAUGGCAAUCGACGGCCUAACUUUCAAAGAAAUUUGGAAUUUCACAAUAGCUAAUUCUGAAGUAAUCAGCAUCCCUGUUCCUGGUUACUAUAACGACGAUAAAAUCCCGGAUUUCAUGGUCAAGCACCAGAUCGGCCCAGGAUUUCCCGUGUACUACUAUACCAGUGCAACGAUAUUAGAUGGCAAGACCGGAAAACCACUGCUGGAAGCACCAAUGGAAGAUAGUUUAAGCGCUCAGAUGUCUGGUCUAUCCGUGACAGUCGAUGGUUAUGGCAACGACUGGUUUUUGCACUGGUCAGCAGACUGUCUUGGUGUGGAAGGGGCGAAAGAUGCUUACGAAUUCGUCAAAACUCCCAAUGCUGACGCCGAUCUCUGUAAAUUACGAUUCAACAGCACACUUGUUACCUCAUUGUUUGCCUUCAGUCAGCAUGUCGAACCACCUGGAAUAUCUUUAUACCGCUCUGAAGACUGGCGAAGAUUGGAGUUCAACAAUUCUAUUGAUCCUAGAAAAGCGGCGCAGGACUACGCGAAUUCUCAUUCUGCGUUCAGUAACACAGAUGGCGAAAUCGUUUCCAACAGAUCCCCCUCGCGCAAAUCUAAAUACCGCAAGAACAACGAGGCUCGGCAUAAAAGUGUAGAAAACGACGAAUUCGCAGAGCCAGAUAACUACUAUCCUAGAUCCAAAAAUAUAAAGUACGAUAAUAUGAGAGACGAUCAGGCAGGUGAAAGUUUCUUAAACAAGGCACUAGAUGAAUUGAAUGAAGAUGGAUGGAAAAGUGACAAAUGGGAUAACGAUAAGUCUAAAGAUAAUGUACAAACUGACGACAAUUACGACGACACGUACGAUGAUGACGAAGAAAGAAUGAUUGCAUCUCGACAGUUGAAUGAAAUUCGGCUUCAGAGGAGUGAAAAGAGUAAUGCCCGAUACAUUAAUAAUGAUACAAAUGAUGUAGAAAAUCAAUUGGAUCCUAGUAUGGAUUACACUAAUGGACAAAGUAAACAGAAUAAUUAUUACUCUUCUUUGCCAUUCAAUAGAUCAAAUAAUGCUGACGAUGGUUCCGAUUAUAUGAAUAUUCCCGAUAUCGACUUCGUCGAUAACAUUAAGGACGCCGAAGCUCUCGACGACAGAAGCAGGCGUUCGAUCAAGGACAAUGAGAGUGCUCUUAAACAAAAUGAAAGUGAAAAAGACUCGAAAUCAAUAAAGAAUCGUUUAUCUAAGGUCAAUAAGAGAGAUACGAAUAUGAGAAAGAAAAAUCCUCUAUCUAAAAUAGCUUUUGAUUACCGUAUGGCGAGAUUUUUUAAUAGACGACUGAAGAAGGAAGCUGACGAUAAGGACUUUUCUUAUUUACCAACUGGAUUGCAAAGACAACCACCAACCGGAAUUUUGCUUCCGUCACUGAAGUCCGAUAAGAAAAAUCCAGUGGACUUGGUAUUUUCAACUUACUGGCUACCCGCUUCCAAUACACCCUUUGUUCUUCUACCGAAAGACUUGCAGUGCAUACGGGAAGCUGAGGAGAAUGCUGAGGAAAAACUGUCAUCCGAUGAACGAGAGGCAAUCAUUACUAGUUGUUUAGCUAAUAGAGGAGUCAACUAUCAAAGCUACCAGGAGGCUACCGACAAAGAAAAUGUAAAGAUCGCACUGGGGCAAAUGACACUAUACAGAAUGCAACUGCAGUGCGUCUGUCCGGAAGAUAUGCUCCCAGGCCAGACGUGCAAGGACAUUUCUAAACAACAAAGUUGGCCAGAACACUUGGGAGCUUCUGGAAGUGGCUAUUUUGAGCCCCUUCCAAAAUAAAAAAUUUCAUAGAAUUGAUAUAAAUUAUUUAAUACAAUGACAUGCAUGUGACAAUGAACGAAAGAUAUAUUAAUGAGUAGAUUACAUCCGUGUAUCGGACUCACGAACUGCGGCGUUCAAAAAAGAUUACGUUGAGAGAAAAAAUUAUGUCAUUUUUAACUGGGAAAAAUGUUUAUUUUAUUGGGUAUAUUCGACUCAAUCAAGAAUUGCCAUCUUUCUUAUUAGCGAGGUCGAAGAAAAAUUUUAUAAGGGUCUGGCCAAAAUCAAUCGAUUUUUAUAAACGUUGUAUGUAUCUAUAGGUUUAUAUGUACGAACGCACACCAAACGCACUGACAUCGGAACUUGUUAUGUAUUAUUUACGCAAACAUGUACGGUUAUUUGUUCCCUGCGAGAUCUGUACUUUAAGGGAAUGAAACAAACUUUGAUUAUGUGAUGGUAGUUUCUUUUUGUCCCUUUGAACUUCACUGAAUUUGAUUUAGCGUUUUUAAUAUUUUUGAAACAAUCUUCUACUAUUAAUUUCAGUACAAGGAUUGACGAGGAUACAGCGCAAACGAAUUUUGUUAUAUUCCCUUAAUGCGAAUGGUGCUGCCUAUAACUAAAUUUUAUAAAUGAGAAACAUAAAGUAGGACGUGAUGAAUGUUUCGCCUCGGUUAUAAAGAAGUAUUAUUAUAUAUUGUCGAGUAUAUAUGAAAAAAGUAUAACACAAAGCUGUGGAAAGUAUAAAAUAUAGAUUUCUGUUUGCGUUAACCCUUUGCCUUUACAGUAUUCCACUAUGAAUUUCGUUUAGAACUUAUUCUCAAUAUAAAAUCAAUUAAUAGCUUCAAAUCAGUGCUAAAUGCAAGGUAAAAUGAUUGGCAUAGCGAGUCGAGAUAAAAGACGUAAAUAAGACUUAAAACGACGAAAAUCUAGCAAAUGCUGUGGUAUACCGUUUUGCAAAGGGUUACGAAUUUAUGAUAAAGUAUGUCCGUUUGAUGUUGAUCGAUAUGGAAGUUUGUAAAAUCAAACAGAUACAAAUACAAUCCGAAAUGUACAAACAAUAAAUACCGAAAACUUGUGAGA